CAUCGUCACCUCAUCCUCUUCCAACAAACAUCGUCGCAAUUGGCCGCCGUCUGACACCGCUGCACCCUCUGCCGCAGCAAAACAUCGCCCCUCAGACGCCCGCUUGCUCGGUAAAAACGUGGCAGACCACCCUUAUCCCCCAACCGUCCAACCAUCGACGCACACCUUUCACCACCACACACCACCCAACGCCACACCACCCUCAACGCCGUGCAUCGCUGCAAAAGCAAGGCAAGCCUAAACUGCCGCGUCGCUGCUGCAACUCGAAUACCCCCUCGUCCAUAGUCGUGCCCGCUGAGCUUGGUUCGCUGCAAACACAUCAAUUCGCAGCAGGCCAGGCACAUCUGAGCCUGCAUCCCGUCAAAUCCCCAUUGCAACACUAAAAUCCCCGUUUACCAAUCACCCGAAUUCCGCCCUGCAUCUGCCGCUUCGACGCCAUGGCUCGCGACAGGGACAUUGACAGCGCAUCCGCAUCCUCGGACGGCCAAUCAAAACUUCUCGCCCAUGCGCUCCAGACCGACUCAUCGGCUGCCCAGCAUCGCCCAAAGCACCAGAAACAGCACCACGUUGGACGUCACCACCACAGAGUCCCGUCCUCAAAGCUACUUUUAAAGUCUCAUCAGCAGUCCCAGAGCACCACCCGCCUCAACAAACGAGCAACGUCCCCCUCAGAUCGCGACGCUCAGCAACGCCCCGCUGCAGAGCGCCGUGCAACGACGGAGCUGAAAUUAUCGCGCGACAGCUCCGCAAGCAAUCUGUUCAAAAACACAUCGCAUACCAAUCUUAAACGUCACCGCUCCUCAGUCGAGGUCAAUAAGCGCAAUAAAUCUUCCGACAAGUUAAAACGAGCAUCCAGUGGCACAGCUAUUAACCGUCCCAGCUCUUCAACUCAAAAGGCGGCCAAGGGCCAGGUUCACUUUGAUUUGGGCGUUGACGACGCUGACGAAGACGAAUGGGUAGAUGCUAGUGGUUCCAACUCGCCAUAUCUCUCACGCAAGGGCUCCAUCAAUAGCAGCGGUCAAAACUCUCUUCGCCCUGGUUUCUCUAGCGCUGCCAACUCACGGCCAGAAACGCCCAACGAGGUCCGCGAAACCACAAGCACUACAAGCAGUGAAUCGCAGACGCUAGUAGAGCCAAGCGCUGAGGAUCGCGAACGCACACAGCACCAGGCAUACUUGACAUCCAGGUUACUCAAACGAACAGCCUCGUACGGGGCGCCGCCCAAGAUGACCGCGGAAAUUGCAAAGGCGACUCCACCGCACCAAUCACCAGAUCUGACAGAUCGCGAUGAGUCCAUCACUUCUAAAGGCCCUCAUGAUGGCCUGACGUCGAGAUUUGUUGAAACCUCUACGCCUGGUCUAUCAAAUGAAGGCUCCUUCUACCAUCACACCAAUGAGUUUUCCCGCUCCGAUGAGAUUGAUGCAAGAAGAAUACAUUCUAGCAAUGGCAUUGCUGGCUCGCUAAGGAGAGAGCGAAACGGAGACUCGACGCCGCGCCUGGAUAACAGCGCUCUUGUGCCACGGUCAGCAUCCCGCCCCUCCGCGCCCCCAGCCGAAACAUCGCGCACACAGCAGAAGCUAAACCUUCAGCGCGCGAGCUCGGUCAUUGAGCCAGGCCAAUCCGUCAAUGGCGGUAGCGGUGCUGUAGGUACCAGCCCGUGGAUUGGUGUCGGCGGACCUGGUUUUGAUGGCGGCACCAGCCGUGAUCCCAGGGUUGGACGACUACUAGAAAAGACGGGAAUGGAGUACCUGGUCGUCCGCCGAUACCAAAACCCAAUCUCCCGUUCUCUAAAUCGUCUAGGCCGCUUGCCUAGCAUCAAGAAGAAUCAAAAGAUUCCGCUUGGUAACAACGUUAUUGUCAACGGCAAACGCCCGGUGGACAGCACCACGCGUCAUGCACGCAACGUUAGCAUGCCAGACCCUCGCCAAACAGCGCAGUCGCGACGUGUUGCCACUAUCCGUGCCGAUGGCGCAGGCUCCAGCUUUGAUGGCGACGAUAUGUCUCGUCUGAGUGAGCGUCUCAGCGAUGCCAGUUUGACAGGCGAAGAGGAGAGUGACAUAUCUCUAAACUUGCGCAGCUUGUGGGAUCGCCCAGUCGAGUUGAGCAACAGCGCCGAGUAGUUAUCAUACCCAUUCUUCUCUUGAGACUUGUCUUGAAACGACCUCUCUUUUUUCGGUUUACAUGGUUUCUUUUAUUAUUCCAUCCUGUACAUAUACAUAUUUAUGACAUAGCGCAUUUCCUACCAGUCAAAGAGACUCUAGCACAGCGUACAUAGCGUCCAGUGACGAACAUAGAAGCGAUAAUACCAGUCUAUACGCUGCUUUCGAUGAGCAAAUAUAA